GAUUCGCGAGAUCGGUGGUCGUUUCAGCUGAGCCAGCUGUGCACGUUGGAGUGCUUCGACGUCGAGUUUCGUCGUGGUGUGUCUCUCGCUCCACCGAGCAGUGGUCGUUGCCUGUGUGUGUGCCGUGUUGUGAAUCCAUCGCCAGUGCCUCUUCUCUGUCGUGUCAGUGACAAAAAUUGCGAGCGCGCGUGGGGCUGUCAUCGGGAAAGAUAUGCCACGAGCCUUCGACGAGUGCCCACCGAGUGGAUUGCCGACGGCAGCGACGGAAUCGUCCUACCGUGGUCGUGCUAGGCCUACCGUGAACUGACAGCCAGCGUCAGCGUAGCACACUCGAGCGCCCACCGUCUUCGAGCGAGUGAUCGCUGUGUUCUUCGACACGUCGGAUGCCCGUGCUCUGAAACCGCAGGGGAGGAUGGAGGAGGAGCAAGACGCCGGCGUGGCCCAGCUGCGCGAGGUGUUCGACGACUGCGACGUGGAGCGCACCGGACGCCUUGGGGCCCGGGGCCUGGAGCUGCUCUGCCAGCGGCUGCAGCUCUCGCACCGCUCGCCCAUGCUGGUGCGCCACCUGCUCGGAGCGCCCGGCGGCGGGAGGGACGCCGCCCACUCCGGCACGGUGAGCUUUGACGAGUUCAAGGACGGCUUCAUCUCGUUGUUGACGCAAGCCGAGGAAGAGGCCCUCUCAAACCUUUCGGCCCCCACGACGUAUGUUGCGGUGGACGUCGAUGAUGAGAUGAAUGGCAAUAGCCCGGACGUUGCCCGGAAAGUGUGUUCUGCCGCUUGCCUCCGAAAAGUUCCGCCACCGAGGACGUGCCGACCAAAUGUGCCGCGUAAACGGCACCAAGCUUUCUCUCGUGAGGUGUCCCCCAAAUACGUGCUGGGCGAAAAGAAAUAUGGCAGAAGGUCGAGACCGGCAUCUCAGGCGGAUGUCGACGUCGAGAUUUCCUCGGAGGAAGAGUUUGAUGGAGACGAUGUGCUUCUGAGCGGGACAUCCGAUGGAAACGGCGGCACUGCCACCACCAGGGAAGCCAGCGAGGAACCCGGCUCCAAGGUCAAGACAGCGUGCGUCUCAGAUGGCAGUGGCCUCGAAAUCUUGGCCGGCGCAGUCCCAGCCGCUGAGCACUCAACGGCGGACGUCGGAGGUGGCGAUUUCGGGACAGCGUGCCUUCCCGUUCCGGCGUCAGACUUCGUCUCGGACUCUGGCUUCCGAACCCCGGACGAGUCAGGGAAAGAGACCCCUCCCCCUCCGGCCGCGUCGUUCAACGCAGCCCUGGAGUUAGGCUCGGCUCCCUCACCAGGGCAGUUGGGGUCCGUCGCAGUGUUUGGGGGCGGGGGUUCGGAGUCUGCGGAGUCGAGCCUCACUUUGCUGGAGACCAACCCAGAGGAAUACCUGAGGGCGACCUGGCGCAAGCUUAACGUAGGGCGCAACGGCUACCUCCAGGUCCAGGAGCUGGCGGGGGUCUGUGAGCACAUCGGCAUGGAGAUGGACGAGGAGAUGAUCUGCCAACUGUUCCACACCUUGGACUCGGACCAGGACGGGAAGAUCAGCUUCGAGGAGUUCCUCCAGGGGAUGUUUCAGCACGGCCGUGCCCCAAGCAGUCGGGGCGUCUCUCCCCCUCCCCCUUCUGCUGCCACCCCGUCCUCCCUCCCUCCGGACCCCUCUCCCCCGCACAUGACAGCACUGCCAUCCUCAAGGCCAGUCAAGGACGCUGGCGAGGACAUUGCUGGCCACUACCGACCACACCACACUUACCGUCGAGGCCGCAGCGCCACUGGCUUCAGCAAAGACGCCUCAGCAGCAGAUGACACAAUGCCGGAGCAACCCGUGACUGGAGCCGCGGCACCGGUUUGGGAGUCCGGAAUCUUCUCGAGCAUCGAUCCGGACAACUCUGGGUACGCCGAGAGUCAGGCCGUGGUCGCCUUCUGGGAGUCCUUGGGUCUCUCCGGCGGGUCCCGAAUCCUGAAGCAACUGGGCUUCAACCCGAACAUGAGGGUGAACCUCCGAGACCUGACGGCGCAGUUGGAGGAAGAGCUGAGUCCCACGGCCUUCACCGGGAGCGUGUACGACUUUGCCCUGGCGUCGUACGAACACGAGCUGCAGCACCUCAAGUGA